AUGUGCAAACCAUGCACCCGACCCCCGCAGCUGCAUGGCCUGCUGUCUGCGCUGGGGCCACAAGACGGGCACGCGCUGGGGAGCAUGCCCCGCAGCCUCCGCCGGCGCACCACCAGCCACAACCCCUACCGCCACGUCCUGCGCCCCAACAAGAAGCUGGAGGCGGUGCGCGCGGCCGCGGAUGGACUCGGCCCCACCAACCGGCGCAUGCGGCGCCGGGCGGGGCACCUGACCGCGCGGGCCGUGCAGUCCUGCGAGUGGCGGGCCGAGGACCUGGGUGGGGAUGUGCUGCGCGCCGCCGCGCCUGACCCCCAGGUCGAGGGCCCGGGGGCCGACUGCCAGCCAGCGACGGAUGCGCGUCCGGCGCCCAAGCGCCUGGAGACCCACGUCUGGCACGCCAAGCGCAUGCCCAUGCAGCGGGCCUGGGGCUGGGUCCUGCCGCUGCGGCGCGCGGGGCGGGGCAGGGGCCAGCGGUCGCUCGUCGCGAGGCUGCGCGGGGGCGCAGUCCUCGCGCACGACGCCAGCUACUGGGCGGCGCUGGCUCUGGGGCUGGAUUCGGGCAGCCGGUUUCCCUGCAUGGGCCGCCUGCUGGGGCCUGGGUGCAUCGCCGCCUGCCAGGCGCUCCUGCACGCGCCAGCGGGUGGGGAGGUCGGGCUCAUGCUCUACGUUCCCGAUGGCUUCCCGGCGGCCGCCAUAGCGCCUGCCAUCCUCACCUGCGUCCCGGGGACUGCUGCCGCCGAGGCCCCUUCCCCUUCCUCGCCCGGGCACUGCGCCCUCGCCGUGCUCUGGGUCCAUGCGGCGGCCGUGCGCAGGGCAGCGGCCGCGCUCGCCCAGGUGGGCGUGCCCGCCCGGCCCCUGUCCCUGCGCAGGCUGGAGCUGGUGGGGCGGGGGUGCGACGCUCUGCUGCGGGGGCUGUGCCCGAGCGGACCCCGGCACGGCGCCCCCUCCCCGCCCGCCCCACCUGCCGCCGACGGCGCGCUGGCCGUGCUGGCCGUCUGGGACCCCCGCCUCCCGCGCGACGCGGCAGGGCUGGAUCCGUUGGGCGCACGAGGCCAUCCCGAGGGAGUGGCUGGCCAGGGGCUCUCCUGGGACGCCCAUGCACCCCCAUGCCCGGACUCGGAGCUCGCCGAGCGCAUGAAGGCGCAGCGCGGCAUGGGGAGGGCCGAGUCCAGUGGAUUUCUCGAGGGAGCGAGCGAGGACAAGGACCCGCUGCACCCUGCUGCCAGGCACUCCACGGCGUGUCGCAUCGGCCUGGUGCGGCAUUCGGGUGACAGGAAUGCCCACCGAUUUCCUGGUGUCACCUUGCUGGUUCCUGGCGGCUGGGUAGGGCCAUGGUGGCAGCGGCUGGUGCUGAGCGGAGCACAGCCCCUGGGCCAGGAGGAGUGGCGUGAGAUCCACUGCCUGCAGCACAUCCCCUUUUUCCCCCAUGACUUCCCCGAGACAGAGGCGGGACGAGGGGCAGCGACAGAGGCAUCGAGCGAGCGGGAACUUCGCGCCAGCAAGCGCCCCGCCAACAAGCCCGCCCCGGAGUCGCCCGCCCUCCCCACUCCCUCUGACUGGGUCAGGGUGUCUGGGAACGAUGGACAAGGCCAGGACCCUGCGGGUGCGGGUGCCUCCAUGGUGGUACUGCGAGGGCGCGGCGCAGCGGCGCGCGCCGCUGCCCUGGGCGUGGCCCCGGCCAGCAUCCUGAAACUACUGGGCACCAUCGCGAUUGGCGCGGCUGGUGGCGCGGGAGCGUCCGCUGCCAACUCCCAGUCCGUGACCUUCAAGGACCCUCUCACUGACUCCCAGUCCGACACCGCCACCUCCACCGCCGCCUCCCUGGAGGGGUACGCCGGCACCUUUGCCGGCUCCUCCGCCGAGACCGGCGAGUUCACCACCGAGGGCCACACCGGCGGCUGGUCUGAGGGCGUGCUGCCCACCUCUACCUCCACCAUCAACUCUCUCACCGACCCCAACCGUGCCGCCUCCACCGGCUUCACCAACACCGCCGCCACCUCCGCCGGCAAGCCGGCCUCCACCAAGUCCUUUGUCAUCCUGAACGCCGAGGGCCGCGGUCAGCAGGCCAAUGCCACCGGCAACUCCACCGCCACCACCGACAUCGACGGCACCGUGGAGACCGGCUCCACCGGCCAGGCCAUCGUGGGGGAUGGCGGCGCGAGUGCCCUGACAUCCGUCACCGCCAUCGCCCCCGGUGACUCCGCCAACGGCACCAUCACCGCCACCGGUCCCACCGACGCCAGCGUGCAGGCCAGCGCCAGCGCCAAGGGCACGGCAGCCAGCCCCGAACUGUUGAUUAUUGGCUUGAUCUUCUGA